UUCUUCUCGUGCAACCGAGCCUCGUCUUCCCUCCCAUCUCAGCUCCUCUUCGUCUCGCGUCUGUGUCUUCCCUUCGUCUCUCCCCCGUCAUCUGGUCACAGAUCGGAUUUGACUCCCACUAUUUCUUCCUUCCCCGAGUUCAUCGCCCGCCAUUCCAGAGAAACCGAUUGGCGUCGAGUGUCGCCUAAUACCUUGAAUCUGUCACGGAUCGAGCUCCUUUUCGGAUUUGGAGGAUACUUCGAAGGUGGGAGAAGUCAAAAACACCUGGGUUUGCUGCUUGUUCGUCUUAUUUCAGACCGAAGCAGGGGACAAGUUGAGAAGCUGCGGGCAUCUCGACUGGAGUUUGGCUAGUCUGUGCAAGUUUUUGAUGUUUGGUUUCAAGCAGAUAGAGGUGUGAAAACCAGUUUAGUAACAAAGAAAGCUAAUAAUUCUGCAUCAUGUCGACUGGACCUGGUCUUGAGUCUCUUGUAGAUCAGACGAUUUCAGUCAUCACGAAUGAUGGAAGAAAUAUAGUGGGAGUCCUCAAGGGUUUUGACCAGGCAACAAAUAUCAUUCUUGAUGAAUCUCAUGAGCGAGUUUUUUCUACCAAGGAAGGUGUCCAGCAACUUGUUCUAGGUUUGUACAUUAUUAGGGGUGACAACAUUAGUGUUGUAGGUGAACUGGAUGAAGAUCUGGAUGCGAGGCUGGACCUGUCAAAGCUUAGAGCUCAUCCAUUAAAGCCUGUUAUUCACUGAAUGUGCAACGCAAAAGCUGUUUGGAGAUGCAUGUCAACUUAGUGGAUAGGAUGGGCGGUUGAGUUUUAUUGAUGAUACAUCAUAAUAUUCUAAAGCAAGCUGUAUUUCUUUUGAUAGAGCGUUGCUGAACUAUGUUCGAAAUUCUUCGAUUUCACUCUUUUUAGGUCAAAGUUCAACAUUGUACUCUUUCCCUGGUAAGCUGUACAACCAUGUCUAAGAAUGUGCUUGAUGUUGAUAAAAUGAUGAGUUAAAUAUUCUGAGUCUGUAUCCCCUUUGAUGUUAGCUUGGCCCUGUCUAUCUCUUGAUUACGAACUUGUAGUACUUAUUCUUUUUGCUGGUUUGUAAAAUGACUGAAUUCAGCAGAUCCUGUGGCCAGCUCGAACUGUCUUUUUAAAAAAUUUUCUGUUUGGUAUUA